GUCCUGCCGUGAGCGGAGCCCGAACGUAGUGGUGCCGUGCCUGUCCGCCUGCCUGCCCGACUGACUGACUGUCUAGUUGCCUGGCCGUCUGUCCGCCGAGCAAGUUUAUUUAGAGAGCGAGCGUCGACGGCGUUAUCGAGAGGAAAAGUUCAGGUCGGCCAACGCGUUCUCUGAGGAAGACGACGAGUCGUGAGGUGUUGGAGAACUUACCGCAUUUUCGCCACACUCGGAUCUGAUCGCGAACGAAAUCACAGGGAUCGCCCGCUAUGACGUCGAUGCCGAAAGAUGCGUCUACGGACCAAAACUUCGACUAUAUGUUCAAGAUCCUGAUCAUAGGGAACUCCUCGGUCGGGAAGACAUCGUUCCUGUUCCGCUACGCUGACGAUUCCUUCACUUCGGCCUUCGUUUCGACUGUCGGGAUCGACUUCAAAGUGAAAACUGUUUUUCGACAUGACAAACGCGUCAAGCUCCAAAUUUGGGACACCGCCGGUCAGGAACGCUACCGAACCAUCACGACAGCGUAUUACCGAGGAGCCAUGGGAUUCAUUCUCAUGUACGACGUCACCAACGAAGACUCGUUCAAGUGCGUCCAGGAUUGGGUCACCCAAAUCAAAACAUAUUCCUGGGACAACGCCCAAGUCGUGCUCGUAGUCUCCUUUCCAGGAAACAAAUGUGAUAUGGAGGACGAACGGGUCGUGUCCACGGACAGGGGGCGCCAACUGGCCGAACAACUUGGACUGGAGUUCUUCGAGACGUCGGCAAAAGAGAACAUCAACGUGAAGCAGUGUUUCGAGCGACUUGUUGACAUCAUCUGCGACAAGAUGUCAGAGACUCUCGAUGCGGAUCCAUCUCUAGUGUCCGGAGCCAAUAAGGGCACCCGUCUGACGGAUAACAACGCUCCUAAAGGCGGACCCGGUCAGAACUGCCAGUGCUAAGGCACGCCGCGCAAUUACGGACGGAAUCAAACAACAACAACAACAACAACAUCACGGAGAAGAAGAAGGACCUCCCGAUUCUGCCUGCCAACCUUCCAGUCGGUCGCUGGUUGAGUCGAUGCGACGGCGACGUCGUCGACGUCAAGAUGCAGCGAUGCUCGGCUGGAAUGGAUUUGUCUGUUGCUGCUUGCCUGUGCUGCGAUUGAUGAUUGAAAGAUGAAGAUUGAUGAGACAUUGUGAGAGACUGCGGGGAAUGCGAGUGAAUCGGGAAACUGAUCAUGAAACUGGAAAACAAAAAAACUGACCACAACUAGGCUAACUGGGACGACGGAGACGCUGGGCGGGCGGGGGAGCGAGCGUAGUACCGCAGCGUGAGCUCAUCGAGGGCUAACCCUCGAUAAAAUUAUUAUUAUCGUAGAUU